GAACCGUCCCCCCAUGCUUCUGCUGCGCAGCGGCGGCGAGGCAACGGAGUCUCUCUGGGCGCCGCUAGCCCUUCGGGGGGUACGUACCUGGGGACCCCCAGCCAACCACGGCGCGCCCUAGCGCGGCCCGGGUAGAUUCGCACUCAAAACCUGUCCCUUUCCUGGCUCCGCCGCAAUUUUUUUCCCUCUCCCCCCCAAGUCCAUCCGCCAGCCGGUGCAGAAUUUAUUUCGCUCGACUGCCCCGUACUUCCCCUUCUUCCCUCCUCCAUCCUCAAAUCUCCUCUCAAUCCUUUGUCAUUGUUUACGGAAGAGCGCCAGCUACAGCCGUCAACAUGUCUCCUUCCGAGCAGCAGAAGGUCCUGGGCAUGCCGCCCUUCGUGGCGGACUUCCUGAUGGGUGGUGUUUCCGCCGCCGUCUCGAAGACUGCCGCCGCUCCCAUUGAGCGUGUCAAGCUUCUCGUCCAGAACCAGGACGAGAUGAUCAAGGCUGGCCGUCUUGACCGCCGCUACAACGGCAUUGGUGACUGCUUCAAGCGCACCAUGGCCGACGAGGGCGCUCUCUCCCUGUGGCGUGGCAACACUGCCAACGUCAUCCGUUACUUCCCCACCCAGGCCCUGAACUUCGCUUUCCGCGACAAGUUCAAGAAGAUGUUCGGCUUCAAGAAGGAGCGUGACGGCUACGGCAUGUGGAUGCUGGGCAACCUGGCCUCCGGUGGUGCUGCCGGUGCCACGUCCAUGCUUUUCGUCUACUCCCUGGACUACGCCCGUACCCGUCUUGCCAAUGACGCCAAGUCUACCAAGGGUGGCGGUGAGCGCCAGUUCAACGGUCUCAUCGACGUCUACCGCAAGACCCUCGCCUCUGACGGUAUUGCCGGUCUCUACCGUGGUUUCAUGCCCUCUGUCGCUGGUAUCAUCGUCUACCGUGGUCUGUACUUCGGCAUGUACGACUCCAUCAAGCCUGUUCUCCUGGUCGGUCCCCUUGCCAACAACUUCCUGGCCUCGUUCGCUCUCGGCUGGUGCGUCACCACUGGUGCCGGUAUCGCUGCCUACCCUCUGGACACCAUCCGCCGUCGCAUGAUGAUGACCUCUGGCGAGGCCGUCAAGUACAAGAACUCUCUCGAUGCUGCCCGCCAAAUUAUUGCCAAGAACGGCGUCAAGUCCCUGUUCAACGGUGCCGGUGCCAACAUUCUCCGUGGUGUUGCCGGUGCUGGUGUCCUGUCCAUCUACGACCAGCUCCAGAUGAUCCUCUUCGGCAAGGCCUUCAAGGGCGGCUCUGGUUAAACGUUUUUCCUUACUGUCCUGUAUAGACUACAUGCCGUGGGCGGGUUGAGCAGUUUGACGGAUCGACCUGGGGGCGGGACGCAAUGUCCCCCGGUUGACGAAAACGGAGAUUGGGAAGAUGGCAACGAGGGAAAGCUGGGGCAAGAUAUCCCCACGUGUUUCUGUGUGCAACAGAUGCUCUUUGCGGGUUAGACUGGCAUCGGCAUGGCGUAUUUCUCGUUUCGGCUCUGCCAUGCUUUCUAGGUCGCUGUAAUUUAUACACCUACGCAAGUUCCCUUGAUGUUUAGAUCUGUGGUCUCUUAACGCCCAGCUGCAAGUGACGACGUGG